AUGUUUCGUAUUAGUCCUUAUAUGAUCCGGACAUCGACAAUAUUGCUGCGCCGGAGUCCAGUAGAGUUGCAAGUGGUACAAUUAUCCAGAAGCACCGUUCACAACCAAUAUAAGAAACCGAAAGAUAAGCCCCGAGAUCCGUGCCCUAAGCCGCCGAAGCCCUGCCCACCGCCUAAGAAUGACUUCUACUUCUGGGGAACUGUCGCUUUCCUUAUGCUUACCGGGUCAUUCGCUGUUUAUGCCAAAAAUAACCCAGAAGUCCGCGACUGGCUGUCCAUCAAUAUGUCGUGGUUCGAUGACAUUAUAGCGGUGAUUUAUCAGGAGAAUUAUCCAAUAAUGGAGAACGCAGUCUUCUUCGGGGCUCGUGUCAAGAAGUACCUCUUGAGCCUCAUGGAGGAGGGGCCUCGAGAGUGCUCGCUUGAAGGCCCGGGUUUGGCUAUAACUGACUCUGCCAGCACCGCUGAAGCCGAUGAAGGUGAAGGAGGUGAUGAUGAUGACGAAGAUGACGAGGACGAUGAAGACGAAGACGAUCUAACUGAAGAAGACUCCCCGUGCGAUGUGCUACCUCCGCCAGUCAUCACCAAGGAUAUCUGCGAGCUGGAAGAAUGCCUCAAAGACUUGGGAGACAGUAUCAUCAAUAACUAUUUGACUGCUAGGGACGCCUGCAUCUAUUACAAUAAGUUGGUUAAAAGCAACAUGAGUAAGUUCUGCGUCAAGAGUCUGAAGAAGCUUCGUGCUGAGAUGGAGGAUAGAAAGGACCUGGUCAAGAAGUCUCUGAAUAACACCACUGAUCCCAUCGCUCAGCUAAAGGAUCUGACCCGUUACAUCGAGUGUGGCUGCCAAGCGUCGGAGGAACGGCUGCAGAUCACCAGGGACAUGCUGCAGGAUUACCAAGACAGGAUCCAGAGGAUGCGCAUAGAAUACGAGCAAGAAAACCAGAAGUCUACCGCCGUUGAUCAACAAUGGCAGAUUGUGGAAAGUCUGCUGGAGGUAUACAUGAGUCAGACCACGAGCAUGUACCCAGAGCUGGACUACUACAGCAACACCCCGGAGAUCACUGGAGACGCCGACUUCCUCCUCAUCACCAGUAAGAAAUAUGUUGAAUAUUUGAGACCUAUAGUGAAGGCGUCCGACGCGGCAAUGACAGAGAGGGUCAAUAGAGCUGUUGCAUUGAUUGAUCUACCACCUAAAGAAAGAGACCAGAAAGUUAUGGCUGAAUUCAAGAAGGCCUUAGGUGAACUGGAUAGAGAGUACAAUUCGAUGUACGCCGAAUUGAGAGCAGACCACGAUGCGGAAUUGAAGGAACAGCUGAGAAAACAACGAGAGAGACACGAGAGUGCGUUGGCUAGGAUGCUGGAGAUAAAGGAGAGGGAGACGACAAUAAAAUUAAAAAAGAAAGUGGAAGAAGCGGUUGCAGCUCAGAAGAAGAUAUUCGAUAUGCAACUUAGGGAAAUGCAACAACGCUUAAUGAUAGUGGAAGCAAAACUUAAUGAGCGAUUGAAAGCGGAACGCGAGUCUAAGCGUGCCCAGUUGUUGUACGCGGCUGGUUCGUCCCUCCUCCGAGCUACAAGGAAGGCCAACAGAUACGUCAAUGUUGAGAGGGAGUUGAUGACACUCGCCGAAAACACUGGAGAAGCCGACGGUGACAAGUUAGUGCGGACAGUUUUGGAGUCUAUCCCUGAAGACGUUUGGGGUCAUGGAGUUACGCCAGAGAGCACUCUCCGGAAAAAUUAUAAAUCGAUGGAGGGUGUUGCUAUGAGUGUCUCGAUGGUGGAGAAAGAGGGCUCAGCGCUACCCGUGUACGCGUUCUCUUGGCUGCAGUCCAUGUUUCUCUUCAUGAGGCUCUCAACUAUCCCGCAAGCUGAGUUGGACAAUCCAGUAGAGUCUUUUGAACAUCUGGAUACCUUCGACUUGCUACAAAGAGCCAGAUACUUUGUGGAAAAGGGUAACAUGGCGAAGGCAGUGCGCUAUGUCGACGCGUUAGAAGGCGCGUCGCGUGGUGCCGCGGAGGCGUGGUACAACGACGCCCGAGCGCACGUGCAGACGAGACAAGCCGCGGAAGCCAUAUUGGCGCACGCGGCACGGCUGUGUCUACAGUAUAUCUAGUCUCGGGUGACUGGCGGGGUCGCUUCGAAGUCCCCCUUUAUAAUAUAAACUCCUUCGAAGUUUUGUAAAUUUUACAAUGUUUUUU